AUGAAUAUAUUAAAGGGCAAAAGAAUCAUCACAACCUGUUUAGCCAAUUUUGAAAGAAGGGGAGGGGGGGGGAAAAGUAACUUCUGUGCUCUUCACACGAAGCAAAAGAGGUGGAAGAAAAGAAAGGGUGUAGCUGAUAGUAGAAGUGGGACAAACUUCUUAAAAAAUAUAUGCAAUAAAAACGUUAUCAAUCAUUUGGAUGCCAUAAAUUUAAUUGAAAAUCUGAAACAGGUGACCGAGUGUAAUGUCAGCGAAGACAUCAUUAGGAAUUAUUUACAGAGAGUAAAACUACUAAACGAAGAAUGGAGCCUUAACAAAAUAUACUUCAUUUUAAAAACGCUCGUGAAGUACAACCUUCGCGAUGUUGUUUUGAUGAACCAGCUGGAGAAGACUGUUAACGGGUUAGUUCCACUGUGCCAAGGAAAUAAGGCAGAAAAAGACCCCUUUGAAAAUGUGUACAUUGUGAGGAUAUCCUACAUUCUGCAUGCGUUCUGUCACUUUGGCUACGCAAAUUGUGAAGUAGUAGAAACGUUAGUGAACAUUUUAAGCACCAAGUUGGACUACAUCAUUUUUUACAGCAACUAUGUGGGUCCCCGGCUUAACGACCAUGCCCUGUUCUGCGAGGAAAAAAGCCACUACAUUGUGAGGGGGGACACCCUAUCUGCCGCGUCGCCCACGCGUGGUGACAAAAAUAGUGGCGACGCAAGGGGGGAGGUAAGCACAGUUGGCAUAUACGAUACGCUCGACGUGGAGCGGCAAAGACACAGAGAAGUCUUCGUCAGGAACAUUAACUUCAACGAAAUCUACCUCAUUGUGAACACCCUGAAGGGAUCGAAGCACACAAGUAGGGUCUUCCUAAACAAGCUGAAAUUUCUGUUUUACUUUAACUGCAUAAAGUUAGACCGCGGAACUGAUAGCGACUACAAAUAUGUUACCCUCCUCUUUCAUUUCUUUUACGAACCGGAUGACCUGCAUCUGUCAAACAUUAUGAAAUUCUUUUUAGCGAAACAUGCAGAUAUGAACAAUGUGCAUGACCUGGUUUUAACCCUGGUGACGGUUUACUACGGGGGCUUGGAAAAGGGAGGGCACCUUAGCAGUAUUAGUAGCGGGAGAAACGUCCCAGGGGAGGGGGCACUUCAAAACGAUGUACAUCUUAACAGUACCCAUAGGAAGAACCUUAAAUGGGGGCAAAGUGAUGAUAUAAUUAGCGUCAUAGAAGGCAUACAUUUCAUCCCUAAUGGGAAGAAGCAAAAAUUGAAGGCGAUUCUUCAGCAUGUGGAUCAGCACAACAGUGUUAGAAGCGCCAACCUUGUCGAUCUUAUAUACGAAAAAGUUUUACACCUGUUGAGCCGUAAAUAUGAGGAGGAAGAGUUCCAGGGGGAAGAAGCUAGUAACCCUAAAUUGUUGCAAACUGUGCAAGUCACGAUGAAAGGGAAAGCAAAUGAAGCUUCUCUACCCCGAAGUGAUAAAUCGAGUGAACUACAGAGCUUAACCGAGUUGGUGAAAAUUCGCAUCUACACCUUUGGAGAAGUAGAUUCUUUAUUUUAUUUGUACUUGCAAAAUAAAGUGCACCUGUUUAACAUCGAUGCGGUGCUGAACAUAAUGAACAGCUUCAUCUUCGUUUACCAGAUGCAGAAUGAGAUGAGCAAAAACUACCAUGGGGUAGCUUUAAGUGAUAGGUGUGCAAAUGUGGCAAGAAACAAUUUAGGCAGCCUAACCAGCCUGAUCAUUCAAAUGGUCAGCUCCAUGUCCCUGGACAGACUUUAUGUCCUAUGCAGUUUGAAGGACCUCAGCAUGCUGCUUUAUUUCUUCUACCAAAUAGGCAACAUUUUCGUGAACCCACUGUUCGAAGAAUUGUACCUAAAAAAGGUACAAAGUUACGUAGACAGUAUUGUAAUUACCAAGUUGAAGGUUCUUCUGGGGGGAGGAAGCCGGGAUGGUCACUCCCCAACUGGUGUUAGCGCGUCGGGACGGAGGGAAAAAACGGAAGAAUGCGAUGUAGAGGGGAGACAGGAUAGCACCCUACCUAGAAUAUACCCCAAUGGAACCUAUUCGAGUGAGAAAAGAGAGGCGGUGUCUAACCGUUUUAGUGGGAGUUACCAACUGGGCGGUCCCAUGCAGAACCGCCUUAACAUACCAAACAGUGGGGAGAACGAAAGGGAAGGCACUGAUGGGGAUUUCCCAAAGGUGCAUUGCCCAAAUAGAGAAUGCGAGGAGCACGGCGAACCAAUUGACGUCCACAUUUUGCUGCUCAACAUGUACAGCAAAAGGGGGCAAAAGAAGAACGUAAUUCACAUGUUGCUGGAGAUAUUGAAUAGGCGCCACGUAGGAAGGAAAACCAUGCCUUGCGCGAUUUACGUAAAUUUAUUAAACUCUUUUGCCAAACUGAGGUACCGAAAUUUGGAUCUCAUCGGCACUUGCUUACACAAAAUUAGUGAACACUCGGGCGAAUUGCAUUUUUUCGAGUACACCAAUUUGCUCAUCUCCCUAUCGAAGCUUAACGUGUUUGCCGUUAAUCUGGGUAUGUACGAUGGGGCGUUUUCCCCCCAAGAUGGUCCUCCCUGCCGAGGCGCUUAUCAGGGGGAGACAAACCGGAUCUUCCUAAAUGAGCACAACGGUGAGGGAACAGAACGACCGGGCGAGGCAAAAAUUGUCCAGAAUUUAAACAAAAUUUUGGAGCAAAUAAACGAAAGUAUCAGCAGCUUUGUCGCCGCCCCAAAUUACAAAAUGGCCAAUGUCAUACCAAACAUGCUAAGCAGUUACACAGUUCUGGGCUUUGACAAAAUUGAUUUUAAAAAUGUGAACAAACUGUUGGAGUGUUUUCACGACUAUGUGUUUGGUUACUUCGGGGGGGGGCGCCCAAUCAGCGAUAGAAUCCCCCCAAUGAGUGACCGAAGCCGCACCGUUGGCGACACCCACCCGAGUGAGGACGAACACUCAUAUUGGCACCAAGACAUUCUCACCUGCAUGGAUAACCCACUCAGAAAAAACCACUACUGGUACUUCAGCGAAAAGAACAACAUCCUUGUGACGAGAAGGGACACGGAUGGAACACUGUACCUUCCAAUACAGUGCUUGUACCAAGUGUACAUUUUUAAUGUCUACUUCGGGGCGUACAUGCAGCGCUUGUUUAGUUCCUACGCAGGUGGUAAAGUGGGUCAAGGGGAACUUCCAAUUGGGGAGGAGGCGCUAAUUGGCCACCCCAGUGGAGCAAACAGCCCAAGAAACCUUCCACACAGUACAAAUUCAUUUUUAAAAAACAACCCAGGUGUUAAGAACCACGAAAGUUCCACCCUUUUAAGCGAACGCAGCAAGCACAUCCUAAAUAACGUCACUUUUUUUGUCAAGUAUAUAAACAAUUUUUAUAAAAAGAAGAGAUACGAAAGGUACAAUCUUUGCACGCAGUUUGUGCACAGGUGUGAGGAUAAGGCAGCCUCAAAUGAGCAGCUAAUUGAUUACGUAAAAAAGUGUCGCAUGGAAAUCAAGAGGGACCUCACCAGUGUGCAUUCGUCCAGUUUUCACAGAGAGGUUCUGUCCACGCUGCUUUCCCUGGGCGAGAAGAAUGUGCAGUGCGAGGUCCCAUUCAUGGACGGAAUAUACACCGUGGACAUCGUCGUAAACAAUUCGGUGUGCAUAGAAAUUAACGGGAGCAACCAUUACUACUACGAUAGUAACUUGAAAAGGUCGGGGGAAAAACUCGAUGCCCUAAAUUUGGUAAAGUAUUACCUGCUGAGUAAGAAGUACAAAUUAAUUUUGGUCUCCUACCUGGACUGGAAUAAUCUGAAAAGUGCCGAGGAGAAGAGGGACUACUUGGCGAAACGGAUCCACGUGUAG